AGUACUCAACAGCACAUCAUCGUUAUCCGUCAACGGACAACAGUUCUACCUCAUCCGAAUCGAAGAAAUCUCUUCCGAUAGCUAUUUAUUUGCAAAAACAAUAAUUUCAUAAUCAAGCGAAAAUGUGCAGUCAAAUAGCGAUUUUGUUGGUAGCGAGCGUAGCCAUCGCCUCGGCAGCACCUUCCGGUCUCUGGGGACCCGGUGCAGCACUCGCUGGACCUGUUUUGGGCCCCGCCGCACUAGCCGGCCCCGGGGUCGGUCCAGCUUCGCUAGCUGGACCGGUCGCCGGACCUGCCAGGAUUUCCGGAGCCGUUGACGGAGGCGCAGUAGUUACUGGUUCAGUGGCAGCUCCAUCCGUCGUUUCCGGAAGCGUGGUCGGCGGAACUGCUGUCCUUGGACACGCUGGUCUUGGUUGGGGAGGCUACGGAUUGGGUGGACACGGGUUGGGAGCUCUCGGUUGGGGACUCGGACAUGGUCACGGUGCCGUGAUUGCUGGACCUGCUGUUGGACACGCCGCUGUUGCAGGACCAGUUUCCGCUCCCGCAGUCGUUGCUGGACCAUCCGGUAGCAUUGUUGCAGGCUACGGCGGUCACGGUGGUGUUGCUCGUGGUCUCGGAGGAUAUUGGUAAUCGUCGAAUCGAUCCUAAGAAACUUCUCACCUCGACUGUUCUCAGCGGCCAAUCGAUAACCUCAAAACCUGACCUCUAAGAAAACGCGCGGACCAACGUCAUGAUCUCGUUCAUCUAUUUUAUACCGCUAUAGUACCUCACACGACGAUCGAUAUUUUAUUCGUAUUGACACGUUGUACGUUCGGCAUGUUGCAUACAAAAAUGCCACACGCAUACUAUACCAUUUGAAUGUAAUCCCUCAAUAAUAAUAAAUGCAUACCACUCAAAAAAUCAAAAAAAA